AUGGAAAAAUUGAGCUCCCUAAACCUUACAACCACCCCAACACACAUUCUCGACCCAGAUGGCGAAGUGAUCAUUAUCUUGCGCAACGCAGAUGCUCCCUUUGCAUACGAGCCAGAAGAGAUCCCUGGCAAAACCCCCGAGAAGACCGAAAAGACUGCCGAAGAGCCUGCUUCUGAUGAGACCACUCCCCAAGAACCCAGUGCGGUAAAGUCAGAACCACGCAUUCAAGUAUCCGCAAAGCAUAUGAUUUUUGCUUCUUCGUUUUUCAAGAAAAGUCUCACUGGCGGUUGGAAGGAGACCAAGGAUCUACAACAAGGCUCGGUUGAAAUUAUUGCAGACGACUGGGAUCUCCAAGCAUUCAUGAUUGUCCUUUAUGCGAUACAUGGCCAAUUCAAAAAAGUACCACAAACGGUUUCUGUCGAGAUCCUUGCCAAGGUCGCAGUGAUAGUCGACUAUUAUGACUGCAAGGAUGUUCUUUAUCUUCUCCAGGAUAAAUGGAUUGAUUCUUUGGCAAAGUUGUCAGUAAUUCGAUCUUCACGAGAUCUGAUGCUCCGGCUAUGGAUUUCCUAUUUCUUUCAACUCUCUACCAACUUUAAGGAGUUGACAAGCUCAAUUAUGUCGUCGGCUACAGAUUCAAUCGUUGCUAGGGGACUUCCAAUCCCUGCUACAUUUAUCGGUAAGGAAGAACAUAAUACUCUGAAUUACUAG